AUGGCAGAGGCAACACCGAAGAUCAAAAUUCUCAAGGGCGCCGAACCCGAUUUGUCUGCUGCAACAUACCAGAUCCACGAUGAGUCGCAUACCAUAGGCAACGCUCUAAGAUGGAUGCUCAUGAAGAACCCGAAGGUAGAAUUCUGCGGAUAUAGCGUCCCACAUCCGUCAGAAAACCAUAUCCAUAUACGUAUCCAGAUGUACGACAACCUCUCGUCCUUGACCGCGCUGCUCACUGCCCUCUCCGAUCUUGACGACCUGUGCGUUACCAUCGACGACGCAUACAAGACGAGCUUUCAAAAAGAUGAAUUCGAACGGUGGGACGAGAAAAGCUGA